AUGCUGUCACGUUCAAUAUGCGUGAAGCGCAUAUGUCGAUCUUGCUGUCCCGGCAUAGCACAGCGACAGAUACAGCGCCACCUGGCUUCAGGUGACCUGUCAAGACGAUGGAACAGCAACGACGCCUUCGAAGCGCUGCUCAGCGCCAGGCGCGAAGAACAGGCGCCCAAAACCACGCAACGCAAAGGGAAGAGGCAAGCUUUUGCAGAUACGGCAUCGGGAUGGGAGCUGGCAGAGGAGGAAGCAACCAGCACCGCUGACCCCCCUGAAGCCCUCUCGCCUGGGUCAACAGAAGCGCCCAAGGAGGUACCCGAGCCCCCGGUGGCCCAAUCCUCAGAAAAGCUCGACGAUAGACCUCCCGAACCAUCGAAGCCGCCGAUCUCGUGGGAUCCCCUCUCCAAGCACCGCUCUCACGUGUCGAAGGGCGCGAAGAACCUGUACCGCACGAAAUACCUACAUCAAGAAUCCAUGGGCCUGAAGGCACUGGGGGAGGAUCUCAGUGCGAUCAUCAUGAACAACCCCGACACACUACGACGGCCUUUCGAACCGAUCGUCAUGCCGAAAGACGCCCCUGAAGAGCCCCUCGACUGGGAUCAGCUUCUCGAAGCUGAGACGCCAGCUGAUGCGGACGCCGAGGACAUUUCGCGAAACAUCGAAGCCAUGCGACCACGGCACUCGCCUGUUCUCUCUUCUAGAGAGUACGACGCUCUGGCGAAAAAGGUCAACGAUGCGUUCUUGUCCGAGCAGCUAGUGCGAUACAUUACUCCACGCAAGGAGUCAAUGACAGAUUUCGGAAGCAUCAACGUUUCGUUUCCUUGGAUGAAGUCUCUCAGCCGUUGGACACCCAUGGGCGACCGAACCACUCACCAGUCACCUAAACGAAGACUUGUCCACGAUAUCAUGACCAAGCUAUGGGGACUUCAGCGCCAGGAAGAGGUGGACAAGUUAGGAUCGUGCCUAGUGGAGCUAAAGCCAGAGGCAUACAGCCUGAUCACGCACCCUACACUGGGAGUCAUCGAUAUUCUGCGGGUGAAUACGCUGGAAGCGGGCGAAGGGCUGACCGCCCAGUCCGGCAGCAUUCGUUUGAUGGCUCGUAAGUCCUCGGUGCGAGCAGUGCUAUCAGUGAUAGAUCAAGCCAUCAGCUCCCGCAAGUCUCGAAAGAUCUCCAUUCAACAUAUCCGGAGGGCUCUCCUCGGAAGCGACGUGCUCAACGAGCUGAGUCGCAUCACAAAAACAAAGAUUGUACACGAUGCUUCUGCCAAGGAAAUCGAAGUUACUUGGCUCGAUAUGGAGGAGAAUGCCUCUGGCGUCGAGGACCGUGCUGAUCUGGUAGCACGUCUUCUUCAAAGCCCCAGCGCCUUUGCUGGCGAGGAACAGGUGGUCUCUCGGCGGUUCAGGGUGCAUGCAGACAAAAUGGCAGAUGUCGGCAAGUUCGUGCCGUACUCUCAAGGCCGUAGUCUCGCGUGGAGGGAUCGCAUGCGUUCAUGGUCUCGUCUUGUCCUGCCCACCGCCGUGGCGGACAAGAAGCGCUUCUUGAAGCUAGACGAGCGAAUUGAGCUACCUGCGCCCAAGGUUAAAGACUUUAAGGACGGCGCCACAAACAAGAUGUCUGCGACUUUUGGCCACAUUAUACAUUCUGAGGAGGGCGAGGCAAGAAAAAAGGAUGACAGAAGGCGGAGGGCGCUGGCGCCCGUCAUGCCACAUCCUGCCGCUUUCAGCAGCGUCGAGGGCUCCGAAGAACCUGCAUCGAGCUCGGCUGUGGUGAUCACCUUGGCUGGUCAGCCAGGCACCCAUGCGCCAGACCUUCGGUUGACCUUGCCCGACGGCAACAUUGAGCAGGCCACCCUGAAGUGUAUCCAGCCGUGGUUCCUGAAAGAUGUCAUGAUUCCAGACGAUGUGGUCGACUUACGAUUGGUGCAGCAGCGCGAAUUCGAAAUCGACAUGUCUGAACAAGCUGCCCUGCAGGAAUUCUUGCAAGCUUCCGAUCCUGAGCAACUCCUAGCUCCCUCCUCGACAUCCAUCAUUCUCCCACAUCGUCUGGCCCCGAAAGCGACCGCCGAGCACGCGACACCAUAUACGCUUUCCUCGAUCGAAUCUGUUCACACAGUAUCUCUCGCAUGGAAGUCACAUACCUUGCAGUACACGUCAUCAACGUCAACAUUCAACGGCGAGAAGCAGGAGCUCAGUAUCAUUGCAGAUGUGGGGGAGGUCGGAACUGAGUUCGAGGAACCGAGCAAGGCGUGGCUGGCGUUGUUGGACCAAGCUGUCAGUGGCAAGUUCUGGGACUGGAACAACGGCAGCGACUAUGUCAAGGAGCUGCCGGAGGAGGGAGGAGAGGAGUGGAACGAAUGGCUCGAGAGUGAAAUGGCUCGGGAUAACGAGACGAGCGAAUACGAAAUCGACGGUGCGGCAGAGACGGACGACGUUCCUUUGGAAACACUGGCGGAUGAAGAGGAUACGGCUGUCAUCGACGAAGCUGUGUCAGAUCAUCACGCACUGGGAGAGACAAGCACGCUCGUGAUGCCCAGCGAUGAUGUGGCGACGUCAGGAAAUGAGGCUUUGGAAAGGGGACAGAAGCUGAGCGAGGAGGUCGAGGAAGCUUUGCAGCUGCAUCAGCUGAUGCGAGGAGGGCAGGAAGAUGCGGCGUCAAAGUAG